AUGGCUCACGACGUCUCGUCGAUCCUGUGCCUCGCGUUCGCUUACUCGAUCAUCCUUUCGUCGAAUUCGAUCGUGGCACGACCGCAGCGCCACGAUUUCGAAUUUUCCGUGCACGAAGGACGUAACUGCUCGUCCUUGGACAGGAAGUCCGAAGGUGAUUGGUCCUUCGAGGAAGGACGAGGGAUAAAUAGAUACGUGGAUGAGGAAAACACCGGCUACAAUGAAACGGAUAAUUUCGCAGCGAGAUCUAGAGCAUCGUUUUUUGGGAAUGAGGGGAGAGGAUUUUCUUUCGUCGAUAUCGUCGAGUCGAUGUUUUCCGCAGUGGCUAACGGCAUCGGUUCCAUCAUGACCAGCAUCAUUGGCCCGGAGAAAAAUUCGAAGUCACGAUCCUCAAGAGUUAGCUACAAGAAUUAUCAACUGAUCAGACUAUUUCCGAGUUCAACGAGUCAAGCGAACGAAUUAAAAGAACUCAGAGACGCUGAACCGGACGACAUCAGGUUCUGGACGCAGCCAGCUUAUAACAAAUCAACGGACGUGCUCGUCGCUCCAGACCUGAUUUCAGAUCUCAAGACCUUUCUUAAGGACAGAGGGAUCGAUUUUAAGCUACUGAUACCAGAUCUUCAGAAAAUCAUAGCCUAUCAGAAUCCGAAGAUGUCGAAAGAGCAACGCGAGGACCUCGUUACCAGUCAGGGCCACGGCAUGACCUGGAAGAGGUAUCAUCGAUACGGAGAUAUCGUCGGGUACCUGGAAUAUUUAGCUUUCAGGUACUCCAAAUUGGUGGAACUGAUAACGAUAGGUCACAGCUACGAAGGGCAGCCCAUCAAGAUGGUGAAAAUCUCGACCGGUCCCAACAAGGACGGCGAACCAAAACCUGCGAUCUGGAUAGACGCUGGUAUGCACGCACGCGAAUGGAUCGGUUCUGCCGUGGCGACCUACAUCGCGAGCCAGUUGGUCGAGAGGAACGCCAGCUACGCGAAACUGCUGGACAAUUCGGACUGGAUGAUCCUGCCAGUCGCGAACCCGGACGGCUACGAGUUCACUCACACGGGAGAUCGACUGUGGAGGAAAACCAGGAGCAAUCAUGGGGAGAAUCAGGACGACAGUCGGUACUUACAUUCCAGCCUCCUGCAGUUUGUGAACCAUUACGCGAAGUGGUUCUGGGGGAACUGCGAGGGUGUCGAUCCGAACAGGAACUUCGGCUACCAUUGGGGCGAGUUGGACGAGGGUGGAGCAAGCUCCGAUCCCUGUCACGAAACUUACGCUGGUCCUCACCCGUUCUCCGAGCCGGAAACCAAAGCGAUGGCUGACUAUAUUCUGGCGAACAAACAAAAUAUUCGAAUGUACUUGACGCUGCACUCUUACUCGCAAAUGUGGCUGGUCCCGUGGGGAUACACGUACUCGAAGCCCUCGGACUAUUCGGAGCUGGCGAACGUCGCGAAAAAAGCGAUAAACGCGAUUGCGAAGAUACACGGCACCGAUUAUCAGCUUGGUCCAUCGUCUGACUUGCUUUAUCCCACUUCUGGGGCUUCUGAUGAUUGGGCGAAAGGUGUAGCUGGAAUAAAAUACGCGUACACCUUGGAGCUUCGAGAUCGUGGAACUUACGGAUUUCUACUUCCAGCGACGCAGAUCAUGCCCACGGCUCGCGAAAUUUGGGCCGGAAUAAGAACGAUCGCUCGACUAGUCACUUGCAACACGUGA